AAAAAGCUUCUCUCUUUUUCUUUUCUUACAACGGACAACAAAAUAGCCCCCACUAUUUUUUUUUAAUAACAGAUUUAGGAUCUCUGUAAAAAAAAAAAAACACACUUGACUCUCUCUAUCAAUCUGAAAAAAAAACUAAGAUAUAUUGUUGUUGUUGUUCCAAAAAGAAUGGGAGAAACUGCUUGUCUCAUGCAGCCAUUCUCAUAUGCAGCUCCUGAGGGAGGAGGAGACUCUCUUGUUUCUUCUUUAGGACAGUCUGUGUCCUUCGGUAGAUUCAUGUCCGAUAAACUUGACUGGGAGAAAUGGUCUGCUUUCUCCACCUCCCAGAAUCCUUACGUCGCCGAGGCCGAGAGGUACUCUAAGCCAGGCUCUGUUGCUCAGAAGAAAGCUUUCUUUGAAGCUCACUACAAGAAACUCGCUGCUGCUAGGAAAGCUGCUGCUGAAGAAGCCCUCUUGCUUCAACAGCAAUCCCAACCAGAUAAGCUUCCAGUUCCAGCAGUUCAACAAUCAGAUAUCAAUUGUGUUGUUGGAAAGAAAGAUCGGCUGCUCUCGAAACUGGAUCUUGAGCUUCCCAGAGGAUCUUUAGAUGCUGCUGCUGCUCAAUUGAAUUCACUUACAGAGAAACAAGGCGGCUGCGGAUUUGGUAUUAGACAAUCAUCUGAUGAGAAAGAGAACUGUGGGAUGCCUGAGUCACAGAUCAAUGGUGGCGGCAAAGUUUCUACACAAGCAGAGGAGGAGAAGAAGCCUAUACUGCUUAAGUCCUUGCAGAAGAAAUCCAAAGAUUCACAACCAAAAAGCAGUAGCAAACCAAGAGUCUCUAAGUACAACAGUUCAUCGGAGAGGACUCCAAGUCAAAAGACUAGCAACAAGAGCAGCAGCUCUUCUUACACUUUCACACCUGCUAAAGAGUUCAAUAGAUUAGUGUCCAUCAUAAGGAAGAUUGACGGGUCAAGAGCUUCUUCUAAACCAACUAAAGACUGCAAGACUCCUCUCCGGACACCAUCAGACAAGGCGUCUGCAAAGGGAAUUGUCGAGGAUUCUUUGUGCACACCUUUAGCGAGUCACACGAGUAGUAAGUGCAGAGGGAAGAUAGCUCCUGAGUCUUCUGCUAAGACGGGUCGAGGAAGAUGGAACUUCCUCCCUGCCGACAGGACACCGAGCUGUUUUACACCGUUUGGUUUAAGAACAGAGGAGAGAGCAGAGAGAAGGAAAAAGAAGCUAGAGGAGAAAUUCAAAGCAAUGGAUGAUGAGCCACAGAACGACAAGAAGUCGGAGAAGGAGAGAAGUGUGGAGAAGGAAGGGAGUAAACUACGGCAAAAGCUAUGCUUCAAAGCAAAGCCACUUCCAAAUUUCUACAAACAGAGACCUAAAUGCACGGACGACCAAACUAAGAAAGCUCUGUUACAGUAGCAGAGUGGUGUUGAAGCAAUUCCCACCAUUAUCUUUCAAAGAGAUAUGUAUUGCCAGCGCCAACGACAAAGGAUUAGUUUGUUGGAAUCGUUUGACAUGUUUGGUUUUUGUAACUACAAGAAGAGGAAAUAAUGAAUUUGAUGACAUUGCACCUCUUGUAUUAAAAUAUAUUUUGUAAACGUGCUUGUUAUAUACAGACAUUGUAAUAUGGAUCUUCUAAACAACACCUAGACACAGUUUACA